GGGAAGAGGAGGAGUUGCCGGGCGCGUGCGCAGUAAGUGUGGCUGUGGAAUUCAUGUGGAGGUCAGACUGGAAGCAGGUGUGAGGGGGCCCAGCAGAAGGAGACAUGACUGCCAAAGUGUUUGAGUCCAUUGGCAAGUUCGGCCUGGCCUUGGCCGUUGCAGGAGGCGUGGUGAACUCUGCCCUGUAUAAUGUGGACGCUGGGCACAGAGCUGUCAUCUUUGACCGAUUCCGCGGAGUGCAGGACAUCGUUGUAGGGGAAGGGACACACUUUCUUAUCCCUUGGGUACAGAAACCAAUUAUCUUUGACUGCCGCUCUCGACCACGGAACGUGCCAGUAAUCACUGGUAGCAAAGAUUUACAGAAUGUCAACAUCACCCUGCGCAUACUUUUCCGGCCAGUUGCUAGCCAACUUCCCCGCAUCUACACCAGCAUCGGAGAGGACUAUGACGAGCGAGUGCUGCCAUCCAUCACUACAGAGAUUCUCAAGUCAGUGGUGGCUCGCUUUGAUGCCGGAGAACUCAUCACCCAGAGAGAGCUGGUCUCCAGACAGGUGAGCGACGACCUUACGGAGCGAGCCGCAACCUUCGGCCUCAUCCUGGACGACGUGUCCUUGACGCAUCUGACCUUCGGGAAGGAGUUCACAGAAGCGGUAGAAGCCAAACAGGUGGCCCAGCAGGAAGCGGAGAGGGCCAGAUUUGUGGUGGAAAAGGCCGAGCAGCAGAAGAAGGCGGCCAUCAUCUCUGCCGAGGGCGAUUCCAAGGCUGCUGAGCUGAUCCUUGCUCGCUCUCGGAACAUCACCUACCUGCCGUCCGGGCAGUCGGUGCUCCUCCAGCUGCCCCAGUGAGGCCUGCCCUGCCUGCACCUCCUGGGCCAUCUGGGCCAAAGCCCGAGGAUUCUUAACACCACCUUCCUUCCACCCCCACCCCAGAAUCACUGUGAAAUUUCAUGAUUGGCUUAAAGUGAAGGAAAUAAAAGUAAAAUCACUUCAGAUCUCUAAUUA